AUGCCUCCCAAGCUAAAGCGGCGGGUGCCGGAGGAUCCCAACAACACAUGGAAUCAUCAGCUGAUGCAGGCGUGUUUGCAGUACAGUGUGACGGAGGCGGAGGCGGUGCUGGAAAAUGGUGCAGACCCCGUGGUGGCUUGUGAGGAGGUGCCGUUCUACAAGGACCCGCUCCCGCCGCUUAUCGCGCUGCUCCUGCAAGGCCGUUACACCACCGAGUCUGUGGCCAUGAUGCAGUGGCUGCUGAACCACGGCGCCUCUGUGUCGAAGUUUUUUCCACUGCAUGGGAAGGAGUUUCAGACGAGGCCGGGUGAAACAGGGACGAUUCUGCACUUAUUUGUGGAGUUGGGGCAGCCGGCGCUCCUAAUGGAUCUACUCAUGCUGGUGGGUGAGCCGCGGCCGCCGCCGGGGUCGCUGCAGAAGCGCCUGGGACGUCCUGACCGCGCGGGUAACCCGGCGGCAUUGAUCUCCAGCGCUGGGGCGUCUGUCACGGGGCCGCCGUCGCGCGGGCGCCAGGGCAGCGUGCCGGGGGGCGCCGCAAAGCGCAGCGCCCGUGGAUCGCGCCCCACAACCUCCGUUGGCGCCACGGCGCCAACCCACGGCGUCGACACCGUCUUCCACCUGGAUGGGGCGGGGAUCGACUUUGAGGCCCGCACCUCCGUGAAUGGCUGGACCGCGAUGGAUCUCGCCCUGCGGCGCGGGGAUGCGGCGGCGGUGCAGCUCCUCCUCUACUACGGCGCGCCGGGCGUGUUUCACCGCCUUGUGAACGGCAUGCAGACCGCCCUUGCGCGUGCCUGCGCGACGGGUGACAGGGAGCUGGUGGAGCUCCUGCUGGAUGCGGGGGACGCGAUUGGGCAAAUCUCGCUGGACGGCCGCUACACGUUGAUCCACUACGCUGCGGGGCAGCCAGCCGUCCUGGAUGCGCUGCUGGCGCGCGGCCUCUCCAUCGAUGCGGUGAACGCGUUCGGCGAGACGGCGCUCGUCUCGCUCAUUUGUUACGGGCAGGGCAUGAACGGCGAGUACGCCAUCCGUGAGACCCCGCGGCAGUCCGACGCACAAAAGCUGUCGGCGCUGCCAACGCCGGCGCUGCAGAAUUAUAUUUUAACCCCCUUGCCGCCGCUUGCAGUGCCCUCCUCGCGGAUGCUGAAGUCUGUCAGUGCCACUUCGGCAGGGAUGGGGGCGGAUAUAGACUUUCCCUGCCCCCCUCCCGUCGCCGACGCGUGGUGGUACUUUGCAUCCAACUGCAAUGCGUGGGUGAUGAUACAGAACUUGUGCGAGCGUGGCGCAGACGUGCACGGCGAUGCACCGCGGGAGGAGUUGCGGAAGGUAGAAAAACGGGCAGAAAUGAACAAGUACAGGGAAGCUGUGGUGCCAUCGCACCUGCCGCCUGCCUCCUCCUCAGUUAGCUACAGUCGGUUGGCAUCGGAGCAGAGCGACAGCCUGGAGCCCAUGCAUGUCAGCGUGAGCCUGGAGGGCGCGAGUGCCCUUGACGUGCACGCGGGAGGCGGCGUGGCCGCCGAGAAGGACGCGACGCUGCCCAGCAUGCCGUUUGUCACACACUUGACCCCGUUGAUGCACGCCAUUGUGGCGUACCACCCGGAGCUGAUUCGACGCCUCGCGGUCGAAUACCACGCGGAUCCAAUGGUGGAGGAUGCGAAGGGAGCCUGCGCGCUACACUACGCCGCCGUCGCACGGCACCCAAGUGUGAUGGAGCUACUCAUCUCCCCGCUGGUGCUCCCCACCCACGCAAACUUUGACAUUAAUGUGCAGGACUGCCUGGGGCGGACGCCGCUGCACUACGCCGUGAUGCACGGCAACAGCGGGGUGGUGCGGGCGCUGCUAAACACCUGCACUUCCCUGAAUGCCGGAAAGACGGACUACGCGGGGCGCACCGCCCUGCACCUCGCCGUCCUGGCCGGCGAGGCCCAAAUCUUGGAGCUCCUCCUGAAACACGGCGAGAGCGUCGCGACGGAGACGCAGAGUACGACCUCGGCGCCCUCCACCCGCAAGAAGUCCUCCAUUGCGCGGAGAAAGGCCCGACCGACGGCGGUGGGCGAAUUCCACGCCGUCGAGCCCACCGCGGUGAUCGACGUGGAGGCGGAGGACUCGUUGGCCAGCCAGACGGCGCUGGAAAUGGCGGUCUGCACCACCCGCGACGCGGCGAUUGCGCGUCUGCUGCUGACGAUUGGGUAUGCCUCCGUGCGACACCCCAGCGGGCUGCCACUGGGUGGCUCGCUGCUGCACCGCGCCGUGGUCGAUGGCUCGAUGGAAAUCAUGCUGCUGCUGCUGGACAACUUCUCCGACCCCAACGAAACGGACAACCUGGAGCAGACCCCGCUGCACCUUGCGGCGCAGUCGACGCUGCCGCAGGCGUGCGACAUGGUGCGUGAGCUCCUGCGCUUCGGGGCGGCGCCGGAGGCGCGGAGCGGGUGCACGCUAGACACCCCCAUCCUCAUCGCCGCGCGUCGCGGGGAGGCGGAGAUGCUGCACCUCCUGCUGCAUCAGCAGGAGGAGUUUGUCUACGGCAGGAGCCUACACUCGCACGGGACGAGGGGGUUGCAGCGGGAUCGCUCGCGGCACGCCGCACGGGGUCGGCAGACAAACAACUCCUCGUCCCUGCCAAGCCGCCGCAGUGGCCGGCAGAAGCAGCCCUCACCCAUGCAGUCGUCGCAGCGGCGCGGUCGUCAAAAGCAGCAGCACUCGCCUGGGAACAACGGCUCCAUCCUCUCCGAGGGAAACGAGAACUCCAGCCUCGACGCUGCCGGCGCCGGCGCCGGCGCCGGCGGCAACGACAGCGUGGACCCCCGACAGCGGGGCUCGAACAACAUUCCGGGGGCGACGCCUUCUGGCGGCGCCACCACCGCCUCGGUGGAGGGCGGCAACUUCUCUGGCACGAGUGUGGAGUUGCCCGUGAAGAAGCUCUCGCUGAGUCCACAGCACCUGUUGCUCACCGACGGUCAGGUGCGGACGGCGCUGCACCAUCUGUGCUCCCACAGUGAGGCGGCAACGCAGGCCGCACUGUUGCCGGUUAUCCGCGAGGUGCUUGGGUGUGCGCUGGGGCCGACCCUGGCUCUGCAGGUGGACGCCGACGGUCGACUGCCGCUUCACAACGCCUGUGCCGCCGGCUACGUUGAGGCGGUGCGCGAGCUGCUCAGGCGCGACGACGGAAGCGGUGCCUUCUUCCUGGACGCGCGUGGGUGUCUCCCGCUGCACUACGCCGUGCUGGCCAACCACGCCCCCAGCCUACUGAACCUUGUGCAGUGUGUCGGGGGGUGGCUGCCCUGCGUGCUUAAGGGCGGCGCGGCGGCGGUGGACGACGGUCACCUGGUCCCCAUCACCGAUCGCCUCCUGCGGCAGCAAACCCAUCCACAGCAGUCGGAGUAUGACGAGGUUGAGGGGCAGCCGCCGCCCUACCCACGCCGCUGCGGCGUGAACCCGCUGCGUGCGGAUGGGCGCCGCAACACCACGAUCCGCACGGUCUGGGAGUACCUGAACGUCCAUGAUGGCAUGGGCCGCACGCCCCUGUUGCUCGCGGCCGAGUUGGGCCAUCUGCAGGCCAGCAAGGCUCUGAUGUCUUUACUGCUGAUGCACACCAAGUCACGGCGUCCGCACCUGGAGCAGGCCACCUCCCCGUGCAACGCCACAAUGCCGCUGGUUGUGUUUCGCGAGGUCGUGGAUAGCUCCUCCUCCUCGCUGGGGGUGCCGGCGUCCUGA